CUUCCGGGAGGGCGCGCAACAUCCGGGUCUCCCGCUAAGGACUGUGGCGUCUCAGGGCGGGCUGUUGUUUCUCUCUCAGGCCCGAGGCCCCUCGUUAUCCCGGCGCCAUGGCGAUGCAAGCGGCUAAACGAGCCAACAUCCGGCUGCCACCAGAGGUCAAUCGGAUCCUCUACAUCAGGAAUUUGCCGUAUAAAAUCACCGCGGAGGAGAUGUAUGAUAUUUUUGGGAAAUACGGGCCCAUUCGGCAAAUCAGAGUUGGAAACACUCCAGAAACGAGAGGAACAGCCUAUGUAGUCUAUGAAGACAUCUUUGAUGCCAAAAAUGCUUGUGAUCACCUGUCGGGAUUCAACGUGUGCAACAGAUACCUUGUCGUUUUGUACUAUAAUGCAAACAGGGCAUUCCAGAAGAUGGACACAAAGAAGAAAGAAGAACAGCUUAAACUUCUCAAAGAAAAAUAUGGAAUAAAUACAGACCCACCGAAAUAAACUGAUGUUCUUGAAAAACUGUUCUCCAGACCUUCUGCUGUGCUUUGAAACUAAGUAAGGUUUCCAAGUAAGGUUUCCCAUUGAAGCAUAACUUACUGUUUUUAAUAGGCUGUAAUAUGAAUCUUUAGAUCAGUUGAAUAGAUGUGAAACAUCACAACAUCUGCUAUAAGAUUAAAUCCCCUGAUGGGACACAACUUUCCCUGUGUUGUAAGGGCUUGGAUGGGUAAUUGCUGUGUAACCACAGUCCUGUUUAGGGCAGGGCCUUGUAAGAUGGGACCAAAUCAAGCAGUUCUGACCUGCUGCUCCCCAGCCUCCAGGGCUGACUUUUUAAACAUGGUAGCCAGCUGAUGCAGAAGAGUUUCAAGGGCUCUGUAUGAACUCUCUCUGUAUUUCACUUGCUACUUCUAAAAAUGGAUUAAAUGCAAGUAAACAGGACCCUGCUUUUUUGCUUGC